AUGGCGGCCCCGCGCUGGGACCCCCUCCGCAACGACUCGCUGCCGCCCACGCUGACGCCGGCCGUGCCCCCCUACGUGAAGCUCGGCCUCACCAGCGUCUACACCGCGUUCUACUCGCUGCUCUUCGUUUUCAUCUACGCGCAGCUCUGGCUGGUGCUGCGCUACGGCCACAAGCGGCUCAGCUACCAGAGCAGCGUCUUCCUCUUCCUCUGCCUCCUCUGGGCCUCCCUGCGGACGGUGCUCUUCUCCUUCUACUUCAGGGACUUCGUGGCGGCCAACGCGCUCAGCCCCUUCGUCUUCUGGCUGCUCUACUGCUUCCCCGUGUGCCUGCAGUUCUUCACCCUCACGCUCAUGAACUUGUAUUUCACGCAGGUGAUUUUCAAAGCCAAGUCAAAAUACUCUCCAGAAUUACUCAAAUUCCGGUUGCCGCUCUACCUGGCCUCACUCUUCGUCAGCCUGGUUUUCCUGCUGGUGAACUUAACCUGCGCCGUGCUGGUGAAGACCGGGCGCUGGGAGAGGAAGGCCGUGGUCUCCGUGCGCGUGGCCAUCAAUGACUCGCUCUUCGUGCUCUGCGCCGUCUCCCUCUCCAUCUGUCUCUACAAGAUCUCCAAGAUGUCCUUGGCCAACAUAUACUUGGAGUCCAAGGGCUCCUCCGUGUGUCAAGUGACCGCCGUCGGCGUGACCGUCAUCCUGCUGUACACCUCCCGAGCCUGCUACAACCUGUUCAUUUUGUCGUUUCCGCAGAGCAGGAACGUCCACCCCUUCGACUACGACUGGUACAAUGUGUCAGACCAGGCCGAUCUGAAGAACCAGCUGGGAGAUGCCGGCUACGUGGUGUUCGGAGUGGUUCUUUUCGUGUGGGAGCUCUUGCCUACGAGCUUAGUCGUCUACUUCUUCCGAGUCAGAAGUCCUACGAAGGACCUCACCAACCCGGGGAUGGUCCCCAGCCAUGGAUUCAGCCCCAGAUCCUACUUCUUUGACAACCCUCGAAGAUAUGACAGUGACGACGACCUUGCCUGGAACGCCGCCCCUCAGGGACUUCAGGGAAGUUUUGCUCCGGACUACUGUGACUGGGGACAGCAGACGAACAGCUUCCUGGCACACGUGGGGACUUUGCCACCAGACGCAAUUUUGGAUCCUGACAAGCCGAGCCACGGGUAGCACCGGAUACUGGUUUCACAGGAGACUCCUCAGUUGAAAAGCUUCAGAAAGACUAACUUAUGGCUGAAUGUUUAGGCACUUUUCCUUAAGAAAUGAGACUUGAUUUUUAUUUGUUACAGGUUUCUGAUGGCUCCAUAGGACUAUAACUUAGCAAUAACUUAGAUAAAACCUUAUUUUACUAAAAAGGGAGCCUGGCCACCUUCUCAGUGAGUAUAAUUUAAACUUUAAAAAGUUCUGUACUUUUAUAAAGAUGUAUUUUAUAUAACUUAAAUAAUAAUGCUAAAACAUACUAGGGGUUUUUGAGAAUGUUAUUGCAAUAUAUGUUGUAGUUUGCACAGACUUUUACGCAUAAUUCUCUUUAAAAGAUAGACAGCACGUGGUCUGAGGGGUUCUAAGGCUUGUGGACUAAAGUGUGCCUCAGCUCCUCACCGCUGCAGGCCCCUCGGAGUCAGUGCCACGCUGGCGGACGCCGAGACAGCUCAAGGCUUUCACCGUGCAGCCGGACGAGCCUGCACGUGAGGUCACAGGCCCGGAGGUCGUUGCAGCCGAGUCGGGAGCCGGCCCGGCGCUCGGCUCUCCUUUUCCAGGGGUGCUGCUGGAUACGCUCAGACGAUGCGUGCUCAUGGGGCUGACGUACACUCUCAGACCUCCUCUGCUCUAUUCAGAGAUUUUUGCCUAGUCUCUCAGCCCCGUGAAAUCUAACAUCCAUCACACCUCAGGACUUUGGCGAGACGGCACCUUUCCCAACUCACUGGACGUUGGUUACAGUCAGGGAGGAAAGGAGGUUCUCCAGAGGGGAUUAAUAGUAAAUACCCCUGGCUCUUAAGCCAAAAGCCUGUGGACUUCUAACAGGUUUCCUUUCAUUUCCGACGGUAUUUGAAAACAAUGCCCUGUAUUUGUAGAUACCUCUGUGACGGGAGCAGCUCUGUCGUGUUCUCCAGCUCUGUGCCUGCUCCUCGCCACGUCCAGGGGCAGGGUCCGGACAGCCGCUUCUGAGUCAUCUCUAAGGGAAACACGCGUCACGAAAUACCAGCUCCCCGACCACAAGUGCCAUUCCCAAACCUCCAACACGUGGAGAUGUGCAUGACGGAAUUACUGCCUGUGAUAGGAGACUGUGGCUCUCUAGGGAGGUCGAAUGCUCCGACUUUCUACGGAAGAGAUAAGGUACUACAGGGCGUGCAGUUCCCAGAGGGGCGUGCUCUGCUGCGCUAGGAGGAGCAUGGGACAGGGCGGGGCGGGGACAGGGACGUAGGUCAGUAAGCCAGACCUGCGUGACGAAGCCCCUUCCAGAGGUCGUCCCAUUUUGGUCUUCAGGAAUAAUUUAUCUCUGGGCACUGAUUUCAGAGAGAUCGAAGUCUACUUCUCUUGAUGGCACUUAAAAUUGGUACCUCAAGUUUUAAAUGGGUCGUGAUUGGGGUUUUCAUUUCUGCCCACAUGACAUUCCUGCCUUUCAGUGUAUGGAAGGAUUUGGGUCACAUACUUAAAAGUUACUUUCAGGGGAAAUCCUACACUGAAGCAAAAUUUGCACUGAUUAUUCAGGUUGCCUUAAGCUAUUUUAAAUGGUUACUCUAAAAGGCUCUAAGGAUACCUUCCCUUGUCGCACUCCGUUACUCAUAGGUAAGAGAAUUUAAAGGCGCACUCAGCAUAUGCUUAAGACUCCUUUAAAUCAGGAAGCGUUGGAGUUCUUUAGUAUUAGCUCAUUCCGGGGCAGAUAUGUUUUUUUAAAAUAGUGAUAAAAAUAUCACUAGAAUAAUGUAAUACUCAUCCUAUAAUGUAUAAACACUUCAUUAUUGUUAUUACUGGCAGGAAAGUUGAAAAACCCAGCAUUAACUGGUAAAACCCAAAAUCUGUUUUUAUGAUAAAGCUGCUAGUAUUUAUUUGAAUUAGGAUUUUUUUAUUGGAAAAGAUGAAAAUGUUCCAAGUGCCUUUUUCUUCUUCCCCUUUUUAAAAACUAAUGCGAAAGCACAAGUGCUGUAAACACAUCUAGAAUAUUAAAAACUACGCAUCAAA